ACGGCGGGGACGGUCCAAGAUGGCGGCGGGAGAGGAGGAGGGGGCGGUGGCGGGGACGGAGCCGGAGUCAGAGGCGGCGGUGGAAGAGCUGCGGAGCUUCAAGGACCUGGGAGUGACAGAUGUGCUGUGUGAAGCUUGUGACCAGUUAGGAUGGAAGGUGCCAACGAAGAUCCAAGUUGAGGCUAUUCCAGUGGCUCUCCAAGGCAGAGACGUCAUUGGACUGGCAGAAACUGGCUCUGGAAAAACAGGAGCUUUUGCUUUGCCAAUUCUUCAAGCACUGCUGGAAACACCUCAGCGGCUGUUUGCUCUUGUCCUCACACCAACAAGGGAGCUGGCCUUUCAGAUCUCAGAGCAGUUUGAAGCUCUCGGAUCCUCUAUUGGUGUCCAAACUACUGUUAUUGUGGGUGGAAUUGACACAAUGUCUCAAUCUCUGGCCUUAGCCAAGAAACCACAUGUUAUAAUUGCAACCCCUGGCCGUCUGGUUGAUCAUCUGGAGAACACAAAGGGCUUUAACUUACGUGCUCUGAAAUUCCUAGUGAUGGAUGAGGCUGACCGGAUCCUUAACAUGGAUUUCGAGACAGAGGUGGAUAAGAUACUAAAAGUGAUUCCUCGAGACAGGAAGACAUUUCUGUUUUCUGCCACCAUGACCAAGAAGGUUCAAAAACUCCAGCGUGCUGCUCUGAAGAAUCCUGUUAAAUGUGCUGUUUCUUCCAAGUAUCAGACAGUUGAAAAACUACAGCAGUACUACAUUUUCAUCCCCUCAAAAUUUAAGGACAGCUACCUGGUUUAUAUCUUGAAUGAACUAGCUGGUAACUCUUUCAUGAUAUUCUGUAGUACCUGUAACAAUACUCAAAGGACUGCUCUACUGCUCCGCAACCUGGGUUUCACUGCCAUUCCUCUCCAUGGGCAGAUGAGUCAGAACAAACGUUUGGGCUCUCUAAACAAGUUCAAGGCAAAGGCACGUUCUAUUCUGCUGGCUACUGAUGUUGCAAGCAGAGGUCUGGACAUACCCCAUGUAGAUGUGGUGAUAAACUUUGAUAUCCCUACGCAUUCUAAGGAUUACAUUCAUCGUGUUGGGAGAACAGCUCGAGCUGGAAGAUCUGGCAAAUCUAUCACCUUUGUCACACAGUAUGAUGUGGAGCUAUUCCAGCGCAUCGAACACCUGAUUGGCAAAAAGCUGCCAGCGUUCCCCAUGCAAGAGGAAGAAGUUAUGAUGCUGACAGAGCGUGUGGCUGAGGCCCAGAGAAUUGCUCGAAUGGAGCUGCGGGAGCAAGGAGAGAAGAAGCGAUCUCGGAAUGAUAAUGAUGAUGACACAGAAGAAGCUAUUGGUGUCAGGAAUAAGGUGGCAGGUGGGAAAAAGAAGAAAAGGAAAGCCUUCUAGUUCGAUAUUCGAACAGACUUUUUUAUUUUUCUCUUCAUGGCUAUAUGAGCUGUCAAAAACGGUCUACCAGGCUAUCUCCAGUGGAUUUUUUUUCAAAACUACAUGUGAACUUGGGUGGUCCAUGAGGAAAACAACUUCUCUUCUGCUUUACCAGCUACAGAUUGAGCUUGGACCAUUGUGGUACCAUAGUACCAGUCUUCUGUUCAGAGACAUCAUUAGAGACUGUCUGGACCUGGAAGCAGCUGUGGUCCGGCCCUGCUCAUUCACAAAGAAGUGCAGUGUGACUGCAGCUUUUGCAUUGCUGCAGCCUGUCUCACUACCCAAUCUCACUGAGUGCAUCUGGGGUCAGAUAGAUCUGUCAGAAAAAGUUAAAAGAAGUGACUGAGUUUUCACAGGGAUGUGUUAUGUGGAGAACUCCAAAUAUAUUUUGCUUAAUUUUAAAGCUA